UGCCCGGAGAAGGAGGGGGCUGUCAGUCACGAUACGUCAAAGCUAUAGUCAAUCCAACCGCAGUUUCAUUUUUUUUUUACCUUUUGUUUGGUGAAAACUAUUUUGUAACCUUUAAGUGCGGGAGGAUCUCGAGCCCUAGCGACAAUAUAAAUGUUCAAUACGGGCAUUGAUGUGGUGAAGCAUCCUGUAUGAACCGAUUGAGUGAGUGGUUAUAACCUUGGGGCAAAAUUUGGUUUAAACCGCCCGUGGGUUCAAUCGUAGUCAGCACGGGCUUGUGCGCGGGGUUGUUGGUGUCGUUUGACCACUCACGACUGCGUAUUCCCUGAAUUGUGAAGGCAAAAAAUUGUCCAUUGGCGGUACAGUGGUGAUACAGCGCCUAGACAACAGUGACUUCUGUGCAUAUGUGUGUUACUAUUUUUCCCCCCUUGUUAUUUACCGUUUGGAAUUGAAAAAAUCACUGUUUUUCCCCUUGCGUGUACUAUUUCGACACAAAAUGGGUUACAAUGCGUGUGUAUUUUGUGGCUGUGUUAGGCGUCAGUGAUAAUGGUACGCGUGCAAGUCGACCGUCAGUAUCAGAAAGCACAAAAAGAAAGUGCUCUGAGCUACUUAGCUACCAACGAAUUUCAGAGCUAAACUUGUUAACGGGAAUAGGAAGCGAUAUCGAGCUAUGUUGAUGGUGAAAAAAUGAGGUUCUCGGCUGUUCAAGAAGAGGAUGGGUAUGGGGUAGGACUGGGGCAAGAGAAUCUUGCCAGUGAUGUAGAUGUGAGUAUGAUGGCUGCCGCUGGUGAAACACAGCCAGAUGGUAAAACCAUGGUUGACGAAUCCUCGAUGACCUACAAUCUUCCAUUGUUAUUUGCCAAUGGUUAUCCGACUUCGUUAGAGAAAAUUUCACUGAAUGAGUUGGAACGUUUCAUAACAUUCAUGGUUGAAUGUUCAUCAGAUCCACUGUCGACUGGGCCUGCCAAUCCACCCCAGUGGUGGCCCAAGGAAGUCAAAUUUUCAAUUCCAUUUGUACGACCUAAGAGAAUCAAUGACAACUGGAUGGGGACCUUAAAGAAACUCGUAUACAAAUGUUACACAUACCACAAGAGCGAGUACUUACUUCGCUUUUGUGCGUAUCUCGCCCAAUAUCCCCGAGAAAAGCUUUACUAUGUCAAUAAUUGGGACUCGACGACGAGCCUUUAUCACAAGGGCACUGGAAAACUACUGACUACAUUCCGCAAUGAGAACAUGGAUUACGAUAAAAUAGUUGAUAGCCCACGUCGAUCUCUACUACCCCAGAAUCAUGCGACAUCAAAAACCUUGGGCAAACCGAACAAGCCCAAGGAGCCGAAGCAACGGGCGAAGGAUGAUUCAUCCUUGGUUGUGAUACAGCCUUCAAUGGAGGAGAUUUAUCUCUGUGACAACUGUGAUGCUGAAUUUGGUGAUUUGGAUCAGAUGAAGGAUCACGAAAAAAUAUGCGGCGAACCAGUUCCUAACAUCAGUCCACGUCCAGCGACCCCAUACGAGCCCAUCAUCGAACCUGAACUGAAUCAGAAUCAGUUCUUAGAUUACUUCAAAUUAUCAACACCCACUGCACCACCGAGGUCAGUCUCUUCGGACUCUAGCCUGCCUUCGCCGACGAUUCAUUGUGAACCUGUUAGAAGCACAAGGCGAUUACGAACAGCUGUCAAUCUCACGAGGUGUCCAACGAUUCCGCUGUCAUCGCCUGCUGGUCUCAUCAUGCUGAAGAAGUCGAAGACGAUGACUGAGAGCAUUCAGCAGGAACGACUGGACAGGGUGGAGAGACACCUACAUGCACCACCUCUCAACAAGUUCAGCAGACCAAAGUGGCUUGAUCGGCAUGUCGAGUACAAUCGGUGGAUGGUCAGCUAUAAACCAAGCAGGGAGAAAUCUGCUCAGGAUGACUACGUUCAUAAGUAUACGUUUGGGGCUUUCAAACGGAAACCUGCCCUCAGUCUAAAGUCUCAACUGCUCUACAUAGCGUGUGGCACCUGCCACGUGAAGCUAGAACGACUGACCCCAGAGAAGUUGGAAGACCUGCAAAUGCACCCCUGGAAAUAUCGUCCACCUCCGCCCAGGAGGAUUCCCCCAAGACCCCGACCAGGGCCGCUGUCAAAGGUGAAGCCCCGAAACCUGGUCCUGAAGCGCAACAGCACGACUGAAGUUAAUGCUGCAUGUUCAGUCAUGCCCAAACGCAUGGCGAAUGGCCUUCUGGUGACAGUGGAGAAAGCUCCAAAGCCAAUUCUGCCAACACUACUGAAAAAUCCUGUUCAUCGUCGUCCAGAGGUGCAGAAGGAUAUCGUCCUGGUGGACCUGGUAUCAUCUGACGAAGAAGAGGACACGAGAACGCCCUUUCAGUCUGAUGAGAAUUGCGAUCCUAUGUCCACCCGCGAGAAUCUCUCGAGGGCAAAUUACUUCAAGCCCAUUACCCUGAACCCUAGCAAUGGCCGAUCUCGGUCGCUCGGUUAUCAGGGGACGACAGUCAACGAUUGGCUGAGGAGGGGAACCCUCCCCAAGGACAACGGAAGGCACAGCAAUCCUGUCAAGUAUAUUGGCAAUGUCAUAGACACGUCCAAGACAUACUCAUCGGUUCUUAAGCAAUCUCCAUAGAAUAAACCUCCAUUGAAGGCGUGCGAAGGGGACUUCAGUCAUUCAUAACUUUGGAUUGGCUGAGUGAAAAUGAAAAGAUCUAGAGUCAAUUUCAAGGUUCUCUAUCCAUCUUUGAAGAUUGAUCGAGUUGUCCGGAUUGAAUCGUCGGUUCGGAAGAUAUUGAGGAUUGAAGGAGACUCAGCCACAGUCUAUUUUUCCUUUCAACCCCAGAGCGCUAUUUAUUGAGUUUAGAUGGUUCUAGAGGACGUUGCUGUUGUGGUGUCAAUGAUUGGCUGGGAGGGGCCCCUCUCCAAGGACAAUGGAAGGCACAGCAAUCCUGUCAAGUGUCUUGGCAUCGGUUCUUAAGCAAUCUCCAUAGAAUAAACCUCCAUUGAAGGCGUGCGAAGGGGACUUCAGUCAUUCAUAACUUUGGAUUGGCUGAGUGAAAAUGAAAAGAUCUAGAAUCAAUUUCAAGGUCCUCUAUUGAUCUUUGAAGAUUGAUCGAUUCGUCCGGAUUGAAUCGUCGGUUCGAGAGAUGUUGAGGAUUGAAGGAGACUCAGUCACAGCCUGUCUAUUUUUCCUUUCAAUCCCAGAGCGCUAUUUAUUGAGUUUAGACCGUUCCUGUUGCGGUGUCAAUGAUUGGCUGGGAGGGGAGAUUCAUCGAUUUAUCCGGAUCGAAUCGUUGGUUAAACAGAUAUAGUCGUCAGUGAAGCCGAUGAAAUGGUGAAGUCUCAUGAUUAGUCGACUGCGUACGAAAAAUUGUCAAUAGAUGGGGAAAAAUGUCCUGAGGAACAUCAAAAUGUUCAGAGAAUCUCUGAACCUCGUACUACAUAAAUUAAUCUAAAAUCGUAGAUCAACGCUUGGCGCCAAAAAUACUGAUGACUUAAUUUCAACUCAAUCAAUUGAAAAACAAAAAAUACCAACAUGUAGAGGAGAAAAUUCUCCAUACAUUUGAAGUGGCAAUGAAUGCUCUACAAUGAAUAGUUUUUACGUAACAAAAUCGUAAAGAUUUAUAACCUUGAAUGGUGCCGAACAAUCAACUGAUCGCCUGCGCGCGCAGCUCAAUCGAGGACGCGGAUCAUUUAGGAUCGAAAGGUUUGACAAUUUUUUACGCAAAAACUAUUCAUCGAACAACAUUCAUAUUUUCUUUUUACAAUUCAUUGCCGAAGCGGUAAAACAAUUCAUGUUGGUUCAGGCCCCGAUGAGUUUUUCAGGAAUAUCUGCGAAUCUAAGGGAGAUACCGAAAUUCUCGUCAAAACCUCUUUUGUAGUUCUCUUUUUGUUCUACAAAAAAGGUUCUCAGAGAAAUUUCGCUAUCUCGCUUACAUUCCGAGAUAUUCAUCGAACACCAACGCGUGGACGAAAUUACUUAUGAAUUAGUUGAGUUGAACUGAAAUUACAGUCGUUUUGGCAUGCUCUCCAGGAUAUUUUUCCUCAUCGAUUGACAAUUUUUCGUGCACAAACGCAUUGACAUGGGUUGAAAUAAAAUCUUCCUUGACUGGAUUAACAUCGAAGAUUGAAGAACCCUCAUUUGCAGCCUGUGAAUUAUUUCCUUUCGGUCGUAGAGCGCUAUUCAUUGAGUUUAGAUGAUUUUAUAGGACGUUACUGUUGUUUUGACGACAGUUUGAUUGCAUUAAGAAUGCAAAACUCUCGUAGAAAUUAUUUCAAAGGGUCAAUGACCCCGACGUUGAUGAGCGUUGGACAAUAUAGACUGUUUUUUCAUUUAUUUCAUUCGUACGGAAGCCCUUUAGUUCUUCCCUUUAUCACUUGUUUUUUUUUAUUGAAUAUAUAUUAUAUUUUUUCAUCGAGAGAGCAUUGCAACGUAAACGAAUAGUGAUGUAUGACAUUAUUCGUACGAAAUCAUCAGAUUGUUAAGAUAAGAUUACGAUUGUCAUAAAGUUAGUGGAUUUCACGUGGAUCCUGAUAUCAACUUGUGGUCGCUGUAUACUUUAUGAAAAAUGUACAUAUAAAAUAAUCCUCAUUUGAAAUAAAUUUGUCUAGAUUUUUCA